AUGGCAGACAAAAAUUUGGCCGGCACGGCUGUACAGCCUGGAAUCGAACGAACCACUAUUGACGCAGAGCUUUCUGUGUCAGAUGCCAUUCAUAAAGGUGCAGAAGUGGGCUUGGUUGACCCAGCAGAGCUUCCGGUUGCCAUCCAAAAGGAUAGCGACGGAGAGGGGCAUGAAGACGGCCACGACAGGGCAGAGCUAGUUUCCAGCAAGGGCAAGGAUGGAACCCAGGAUCACGGGCUCGAUGACAGAAUGCUAGAAAUGCGGCUGAGAGACGGCCUCGAAAGCGAUAUUCAAAUCGAGUUGCGCGAAAUGGGGAUAAUUUUGCGCAAUAAUGGCAGAAAGCCGCAUACAGAAGGCAAAAAGGACGACAAAGACACUCUUAAAGACGACGGGCCCCAGGUUGAAGAGGACGACACGUUUCGGACGGAGGGAGAUGCCGGCUUGCCGCCAGCCAAACCCGGCUUUUAUCGGGUCAUUUGGAAAUACUUCAGUACGCUGUGCAUGAAAACCGACAGCAACUCGUUUGCUAUCGACGUCCUGGAAGGAGAGCCAAUUCUGGCCAUGGAGCCGCCCUUCGUGCCGCCCGCGAAGAAGACGGCCAACAGCCAGGUUCUGAGGGCGUUGCAGACCAAGGACUCCUCAAUUCCAGGAAAGGCGCCCCUGCCAGAACGCAUCCGCUUCCACUCAAAGCAGCUUGCCGGUAUCAUAGACAUGCUUUAUCCUGGUUCAGAAGCGAUCCAAUACGAUACCAUUCUGCUCCGCCCGUAUAGGAUUCUCGUCUACCUUGAUGAACCAUUGCGAGCUUGGCACCGUAUGCUGCAGUCCAAGUUCGGCAGACAAGCCAAGACCCUUUCUUGUGCUCGUAGAGCAGAAGAGGGUGGUGCAACUGAAGCUUCUAUUGCACACAAUGAGACAAGUGACGGCAACAAGGACAACGCCAAAAAGCCGCCAUCGACCGAGAGCGAUGAUGUCGAUGAACGGGACAGAGAUGAGAUGAUGAUGAUGGACCUAGAAGACAGCGCCACUUCAUUCGCUGCACUCCGCCACUUGGAAGUACUCAUUGAAUUUAUGGAUACGGAUAUUGCUCAGAAAAUUAGCUAUCUCAAAAGCGCCGACUGUCAACACGUCACGUUCUCUGAUAUCUGGUAUCUCUUCGAGCCAGGCAGCCUUGUCAUUGGAUUCCAUCCCCUGUACUAUUCCGGACCAACGAUUACGGCGAUGGGUGAGGUUGAAAGCCAGGUCGUUGUCGACUUCGAAGCCGCCUUCACCGUUGACGAUCACGCCAUGUCAGAUUGGCGACCGAAGGUCGUGUCAAUUGUCGGAGACGUCAUGUUAGCACCUGAAGAUGAGUUCUCGCAACAGCGCACCCGUCUCGAGGUAGAAAAUAUCGCCGAUGACCUAUUGGUGGAUUGGCGCAGACAACAUGCCUACAUGAAGUACGUGCUCGCUAAAUCUGGUAUGGAACUGCUAUCUGUGGCUAUCUUCCCGCGGCCAAUAGACAAGACGGACCCGAGUAAGGGCCUGACAGAAGAAGAUAUGGCCAUCAUGUCGUAUCGCGUGUUUGGAUUUGUUUUGCGAAACCGCAAAUGGGCGCAACUGGACCUCAUGUAUUUGAACGAGAAACUCCCGUCCAAGUUCGGAAACGGGGAUAAAUCUUGUCACGAUAACGACAUAGCGUCAAAUACAUUCGAUCGGCUGGUCCUACCAAAUGGGCACGCCGACAUCAUCCUCGGCCUUGUGGACCAACACUUUCGCAACAAGCAGUUGGCAGGUAACAGAGGAAAUUACACCGAUAUCGUUCGGGGCAAGGGCAAUGGCUUGAUAAUAUUGCUUCACGGAGCACCUGGCGUUGGCAAAACAACUACAGCUGAGGGAGUUGCGGAAAAGUUCAAUAAGCCUUUGUUCCAGAUUACCUGCGGCGAUCUGGGUACAACUGCAAAGGAUGUGGAAAAGGCGCUAGAUAUGAACUUUGCCUUGGCUAGUCGCUGGGGAUGCGUCUUGCUGCUGGACGAAGCAGACGUCUUCCUUGCGCACAGAACCAAGGAAGAUUUCGUACGAAACGGCUUUGUUGCGGUAUUUCUACGUGUGCUGGAGUAUUAUUCUGGCAUCCUAUUCCUCACGACGAACCGGGUAGGCGACUUUGACGAGGCCUUCGCCUCUAGGAUUCACAUCAGCCUUUAUUACCCUGAGCUCGAUCUUCAGAAGACCAACCAGGUAUUCAUUCUAAACCUGGAGCUCGUCCGCGCCCGCUUUGCCGCCAGAGACCGCAUUAUCGAGUCAGAUGACGUAGAGAUUGGCAGCUUUAUACGCCAGUAUUGGGACGACAACCCAUUUGAACGCUUGAACGGCCGACAGAUACGCAACGCUUGCCAAACGGCCGUGGCACUCGCCGAAUAUGAUGCCAACGGAAAAUGCCCUAUGGUUGCCGCCGACCUCAAUCAGCCAGUCAAGCUGAAAGUGUUGCAUUUUAAAAAGGUCGCCGACGCAUACCUUGAGUUUUCCCGCUACGUGCGAGACAUUUACGGAACGCAUGCCGCGCGACGCACCAAAGAGGCUGGGCUGAGGGCUAUGUGGGUAGACAACAAGGGGAAUGUGGUUGGCAACAUCGGGCCCAAGGGAUCCAAGAGGACGCGGUACCAGCGGGCGGCUAUGGGGAAAGAGCCCGUGCAGCAAUUCCCACCGCAUGGCUCAUACAACCCAAAUCCAUAUUAUCAACAGCAGCAACAGCAACAGCAACAGCAACAGCACCAGCAGCGCCCUCAAUAUCUACGGCCGCAAACCUGGGCCGACCACGGCCAGAACAAGGGACACCAGGGUCCAGUAACGCAGCAGAUGCCGGACAGUAUGGGCCUCCACAGCCACAGCUGUAUCAUGGCCCUGGUACGGCUCAAAAUUAUGCUACCGGUUCCUAUCUCGGCGACGAAAGCGGAGGCGGGCACCCGCAGCAACAAGCAAGUAACAAUGCGCCAGUCCAGCGGCCUAUUCCGCUGCGACAGCCAGGGCAACAGCGGUCUGCUGGGGAAUAUGACCAGUCUGGUGGUGGUGCUGGAUAUAUGUAUAAAGAUGAUACCGGGUCGGAAUUUCGUGAGGCGCCGUAUUAGGGGACGGAGAUAA